CUCUUCCGUCUGCCUCGCGCGUAUGUAGUCCUCUUUACGACUCGGCUGUCGACGAUGGCGGACACGCAGAACGAGAGGGCUUAUCAGAAACAGCCCACCAUCUUCCAGAACAAGAAGCGGGUUCUGGCAGGUGAAGGAAGUAGCAAAGAGAAGCUGCCACGCUACCACAAAAACAUUGGCUUGGGAUUCAAAACCCCCAGAGAGGCAAUUGAUGGCACGUACAUUGACAAGAAAUGCCCCUUUACUGGAAAUGUGUCCAUCAGAGGCCGUAUUCUUUCCGGCGUUGUGACCAAGAUGAAGAUGCAGAGGACCAUCGUCAUCAGAAGAGACUACUUGCAUUACAUCCGCAAGUACAACCGUUUUGAGAAGAGACAUAAGAACAUGUCUGUCCACCUCUCCCCAUGUUUCAGGGACGUGACUGUCGGUGACAUUGUUACAGUUGGAGAAUGCAGACCUCUCAGCAAGACAGUGAGGUUCAAUGUCCUGAAGGUCACCAAGGCAGCUGGAGCCAAGAAGCAGUUCCAGAAGUUCUAGAACUUUAACAAUAUGGCACCUGUAUUGUUUUAUUGGGCUGUUCUUUAAGUCUUUUACAUGGAUUUCUUAGCUAUUCGGUGAACUUGAAUUACCUGUAUUUUAAGCCACUUUGAUACAAAUGCAUCCUGCUCUGAGGCCCUCAAACUUAAUGUAAGGAAUUGGUUAUACCCAGUAAAGAGACUAGUAUGAACAAUGA